AUGGCAGGUGUAAUGAGAGCCGUUGAAAUCAAGGGCGGAAAAGGCCCUGCGGACGCGCUCUUCAUCAAUGAUGCGACUCCCAAACCUCAACCGGGCAACGGCCAGGCGCUCGUCAAGGUCAAAGCCUUUGGCCUGAACCGCAUGGACCUGAUCCAGCGAGAGGGGAACUACCCCGUGCCUCCCCAAGCGCCCAGCACGCUAGGCGUUGAGUUUAGCGGAACCAUCGAGUCCUUUGGGCCCGGCGACCACGGCUCGUUCCGGCUCGGCGACGAGGUGUUCGGCCUGGCCUACGGCGGCGCCUACGCCGAGUACAUUGCCGUGUCCACCAAGAUGCUCCUCCACAAGCCCGCCCACCUCAGCUUCGAGCAGGCCGCGGGCGUGCCCGAGACGUGGAUCACCGCCACCCAGGCGCUGCACCUGGUGCUGGGCAUCACCCGGGGUAAGAGCAUCCUUUGGCAUGCCGGCGCCUCGGGCGUUUCGAUUGCCGGCAUUCAGCUGUCACGCCAGGCCGGGGCGAGCGCCAUUUUUGCUACAGCGGGCACGGCCGAGAAGUGUGCCUUUGUGGAGCGCGAGCUCGGGGCCACAGCCGCGUUCAACUACAAGGAGCAGGACUGGGUGCAGGAGAUCCUGAAGAAGACGGAUGGAAAAGGGGUGGAUCUCAUCGUCGACUUUGUCGGUGGCAGUUACUUCCAGAAAAACCUCGACGUGGUAGCCCGCGAUGGCCGAAUCUGUAUACUGGGCUUGAUGGGCGGUUCUGUUGCCGACAAGGUGGAUGUCGGGAAACUACUCUACAAGCGGGCGCGCGUCGAGGGUAGCACCUUGAGGAGUCGUGAUGAGGAAUACCAGGGUAAGCUGAGGGACCGUUUGGAGGAGUACCUGCCCAAGUUUGACAGCGGGGAGCUGAAGAUCCUGAUCGAUACCGUCUUGCCAUGGGAAGAGAUUGUGCAGGCGCAUAAGCUCCUUGAGCAGAACAAGACAACGGGCAAGAUUGUAUCCACAAUCUCAUAG